AUGCCUUCCAAGAAAUCGCCCAGGCCCACUUACUCCGAGCCCAAUCCGUACACGCGAUUCUUUAAUGCCCAUAAAUCUCUGCCCCCGGAUAAAAACGGUCAAAAGCAAGGAGUCUACAAUCGGGAAAGUGUGUAUGUCCUGUCGAAUAAGUCACGUGGCAAACGGCGAUCGGGACGGGAAAAUAACCUGCCAACUUGGCGACGGCGCGGUGGUAACGAGGACCACAUCAUGGUUGUUACGCAGGAUAACACGCAACAGCAGAGGGAUAAGCCAUUGCUGACCGCCUCCCAAUUGGAUUCCAUUUGCUAUGACGUCAUUAAAGAGCCACCGAUGCAGUUUCACGUGAAUGGCACCGACAUAGUGCCCAGUAUUCGCGGCCUCAGACUAAGUGUCUGCGUGGAGCACACGCGAUUCCAGCUGGUGGCCAAGGUUACCAGGAACAUGGGAUUUCAGCAUGUGCCCGAGCAUAGGUUGUGGAACAUCCAAUGGUCGGACUCCACACCCCAUCAUGACCUGCUGCGUAACAUGAAACGCUUUCAGCAGAUUAACCAUUUUCCAGGCAUGGUGGAGAUAUGCCGCAAGGAUCUGCUGUCAAGGAACCUGAAUCGCAUGCUCAAAAUGUUUCCCGGCGACUAUCGCAUAUUUCCCAAAACCUGGCUAAUGCCAACCGAUGCCUACGAUGUAGCCAUUUAUGCGAACAAACACAAGCGCACUUUUAUCCUAAAGCCUUAUUCGGCGGGUCAAGGACGUGGCAUCUGGAUAACCACCGAUCUUCGCACUGUGGGCAAACGGGAGAAACUCAUCUGCCAAACUUACAUAGAACGGCCCCUACUUAUAGAUGGCUACAAGUUUGAUCUGCGCGUCUAUACACUUGUCACCUCGGUGGAUCCACUGCGCAUUUUUGUGUACAAUGAGGGUCUGGCACGCUUUGCCACCCAGAAAUAUGUGCCACCAACAACGGGAAAUAGCCACAAUGUGUUCAUGCACCUGACCAACUAUUGCCUGAAUCGCCGGAACUCACAGUACAUGGUGGGCAAUGGACCGGAAGCGGGUUCCAAACGCAAGCUAAGUGCCUUUAAUAAGUGGCUAGUGGAUCACAACUACGAUGUCGCCGAGUUCUGGGCGAGUGUGGAUGAUGCGAUUAUAAAGACGCUGAUUAGUGCUUGGCCCACACUAAAGCAUAAUUACAAUGUCUGCUUUCCAAAGCACGAUAAGAUACAGGCCAGCUUUCAGCUGCUCGGAUUUGAUAUCCUUGUGGACUGGAAACUGAAGCCCUACAUACUGGAAGUCAAUCACACGCCUAGUUUGAGUGCAGAUGAGUCGGUGGACAUGGAAGUGAAGCGGCCAUUAAUUCGAGAUACUCUGAAUAUGCUCAGCACAGCCUUGGUAGAUAAAGAACAGAUUAUUCGGGAUGACCGAACAGAGCACAGAGCUAGGCUGCUUAGGAAUAUCUACAAUAAGAAGGCUGCUGCCCAAAUGCCGGGCUAUUCGUCACCAAUCCGGGAAGUUGGUGGCCACGAUGUGCGCCAAGCCUGCUCCAUUGGAGCGUUAACCCAACAGAUUGCCUGGGAGGAGAGCCACCUUGGCAACUAUCGACGUAUAAUGCCACCACGAGAUUCCUCAAAGGUCAACUACUAUUGCAAGUUCUACGAACAGAAUAAGCAACCCAUGUUCGCAGAUACAGUUGCAAGUAGGAGACGUGAGCAGCUGAAUCUCCAGGCAAUGCAAAAGCAACAACGGGAGCGCCAGCAGGAUCUGGUUCAACAGCAGCAGAACCAAACGCAGGCACAGAAUCGCAUCGGCAAGCAUGUGCGUUGGCCAGGUGAUCUGGUGCAAGGUGCAGAGGUAAAUCCUGUGAUCCUGCAGUCACGACGACGCCGCGAGGAGGCCGAGGCUUAUGCGAAAAAGCAUCGAGCCUUGAUAGCGCGCGAAAUUCAGCGCCAAAAAGAGCAACUGCUGGCGCCCACUUGCGCCAAGGAGCGAUUGGGCAUUUGGCAGAGUGUGCGCAGGGAAAAGCGCAGCCAAUUUUCACCCAAACGCGGCAGCAGUAUCACCAAAGGUUAUCGUCGCAAACAGCAACGAAAUCGUAGCCAGCGGGCUCGUCAACAGCGGAUGCUCGAAAUGGAAGCAAUGCGGGAUGCCAAAUUCCUGGAGCAACACGCUCAAAAACAACGCCUCGAGGGUGGCAGGGUUGUGGGUAAAAGUGAAUCCCCAGACUUAACGAGCAAGAUCACAAUGAAAAGCAAGACUAGCUUGAAGAAAAAGGUGAGGCCAAAGGGAAAACCCGAUCUGAGUAAGGAAACCCUUCGGGAAAGCAACCACUGCCAGAUGACAAAGUCAAAGGUGGAGCUAACACCUGGCACCAAGGCUCGAGCAUUUGCAAAUUGGACAGCCGGCACCAUCAACGAAGCGGAAACUGACCAACUUCUCAGCUGGCGAAAGGAAAGGGCCAGUCAGUUAAAUGAAACAAGGCUCAGGGAAUUGAUAUUCUCAAAAAUGUACGAAAACGGUCACCUAACCAAGAACGAUAUCAAGUGCUUCCCGGAUCUACUUUAUCAAAUACUUAAUAAUGAUUGCGAGGAAGCGAGUUCUCGAUAGAUCAAUGUUAUACUCUGGAUUUUUGGGCAUACUGUGUGUGUUUUCGGUCAGUGAUUAGUCUUUGGAAGCUAUGUUUUAUAAUGCCAAUUUGUAGUUGUUGAAAUUAAAAAUGACA